GCUGGCGUCGUCGCACACUGAGGAGACCAUGGGAGGGACGGCUCGGGAGAGCCCGGAGCACUGCCGCUUUCUGGACGCAGAAGCAGCCAAGCCACGGAAGAAGAGCUGCCCCAGGUACCAGCUCUGUGGACUGCUCCUCGGUGUGCUGCUCCUUUCUCUUAUUCUGAUAUUUUUUGGUGUCAAAUACCUCUGGAACCCAACACCCAGAAAAGUCUAUGAUAUGGAACACACGUUCUUCAGCAAUGGUGAGAAGAAGAAGAUUGUGAUGGAGAUUGACCCCCUUGCCAGGACAGAGACCUUCACCAGCGGGAAUGGCAGCGAGGAAAUCCUGGAGAUCCAUGACUUCAAAAAUGGAAUAACCGGCAUCUUCUUUGUGGGGCUUCAAAAAUGUUUCAUCAAAACUCAGACUAAAGUCCUACCUGAGACGACAGAGGCCAAGAUCCCCGAGCUUGAGGGAGAAGAAAUCACCACCACCUACUUUGAGCAGUCUGUAGUCUGGGUGCCUGGGGAAAAGCCCAUUCAGAACAAGGAAUUCCUGAAGAGCUCCAAAAUUUUUGACAUCUGCAGAAAUGUGACCAUCUUCUGGAUCCACCCCACACCAAUAGCAGCUCCUGAGCUGGCCAACCUUGAAGGGGCAGAAGAAGAAGACCCUGAACUGCUCAUAGACAACCAGAGCUGGCUGGAUGGGGGGAGCGAGCACGAGGUGGAGAAGGAUGCACAGCUGGGGCCCAAGCGCCGGGCACGACAGCUCACUGAGGAGGACCUGCCCGUCAAUGACUAUUCAGAGAAUGGGCUGGAGUUCCAUCCCCUGUGGGACGAGCGAGGAUACUGCUGUGCCCAGUGCCGCCGUGCCAACCGCUACUGCCGGCGGGUCUGCGAGCCCCUCCUGGGCUACUACCCUUACCCCUACUGCUACCAGGGCGGGAGGGUCAUCUGCCGGAUCAUCAUGCCCUGCAACUGGUGGAUUGCGCGGAUGCUGGGCAGGGUGUAGCACCCACCACUCGGGUGCUGCCCCACACCCGCCCGCCGCACCACCACCCAGCCAGGUGCAUCCUGACACAGCCAACACACAGGUCACUACCUGUUUAAUGUCCAGUGAGGUGCAAACCUGCCGACUGUGGCACCCUCACUGUGUGUAUCCCUCGGCAUCCUGCACUGCUCCGGCGGGGCUGGGUGAGGCUGCACUCGAGUGCGUUGCCACCAUGCUGAGCAGCAAGAGGCAAACAAUAAAUGUCUUGUAUGAGUGAUUGCAAAGAAAAUGGAAAGUC